CCUCGUAAAUUGUUGUUCUUCUUGGUUCAUUAGUGCAGAAGAAGAGCUAGUCGGAGAAAAAUGGGAGGAAAGAGAAAGGAUUUCGCCAGCACCACCGAUGUCCAGGGUACCGAGGAAGGAGGAGAACAAAAGGUAAAGAAGAAGAAGAAGGAGAAACUGGCGGCGGAUGGAUUGCUUCCAUCGACAAUAAAGAAUAAGGAGAAGAGGUCUGCCGUCCAUGCCAAGCUUAAGCAGCAGAAAAGGCUUGAGAAACGUAAGAGGGCCAAGGCUCGUGAAGCGGCUGAGCAGAGAGCUCUUGAGCUUGGCGAGGAGCCUCCGCCGAGGAAAAUCCCUCGCACAAUUGAAAAUACCAGGGAGCUUGACGAGACUAUCUGCAAGCCUGACGAUGAAGAGCUAUUUGCUGCAAAUGAUGUAGAUGAAUUUAGUUCGAUUCUGAAGCAGGACCGCACUCCAAAGAUACUCAUAACAACUUGCCGCUUCAAUUCAACUAGGGGACCUGCUUUUAUAUCAGAUCUACUCUCUGUGAUCCCAAAUGCACACUAUUUCAAGAGAGGAACCUAUGAUCUUAAAAAGAUUGUAGAAUAUGCAGAAAAUAAGGAAUUCACUUCUGUUAUCGUUGUCCACACUAAUCGCCGGGAACCAGAUGCUUUAUUGAUAAUUGCAUUACCUGAUGGACCUACUGCCCAUUUCAAAUUAUCAAAGCUGCUUCUGCGCAAGGAUAUUAAGAAUCAUGGGAAUCCAACUAGUCACAAGCCUGAGCUAGUCUUGAAUAACUUCACAACACGCUUGGGACAUCGUAUCGGGAGGUUGAUACAAUCGCUUUUCCCACAAGAUCCUAAUUUUCAUGGUCGUCGAGUUGUAACGUUUCACAAUCAACGUGAUUUUGUAUUCUUUCGCCAUCACCGUUACAUUUUUGAAACCAAAGAAAGUAAGCAGGCUGCAUCCAGUGGCAAAAAGAGCAAGGAUAAUAACGAUGAGAAAAGCGAGCAGAAACUUAUUGCACGACUUCAGGAAUGCGGUCCUCGUUUCACAUUAAAGUUAAUCAGUCUGCAACAUGGAACAUUUGAUUCAAAGGGUGGGGAAUAUGAGUGGGUUCACAAGCCGGAAAUGGAUACUAGUCGCAGAAGAUUUUUCUUGUGAGAGAAAUGUUGUCCUACUGGGUAAAUAGGUUUUAGUUUCAGGUUAAGAACAAGUUAAAAGUGUAGCUUCCUGUGAGGAUCUGUGAGCUUAGGUCUUAUUAGAUCUCCAGCUCAGGUUAGGUAUGAGAUAUUGAGUUUACAAAUUGUGUAUCCACAUUGGUUAUUUAUCAGCUCUAAUGCAAGUUUUGGAGAUUUUCAGCUUGGUGCUGGCA